AUGACACUGUUCUCCACUGGCUACCAUUCUGACCAGUUUCAUUUCAACAAAUUCUGCUCAUCGUUCAUUUUACAGUUAACGGAUGUAGACGGCAGAAAAACGGACAAGGUCCGCUUGAAAUGCUCGGUUACUCAUCGCAAGAAGUUCCAGCGCGGCCACUCCGAUUUAUUUCUGCUCAUCGAGCAAGCACCACUGGAAGAUCUGACAUCGAUUGAAGUGUGGCACGAGAAAAAAGGUGAUAAUAAACCAUGGCUGCUAAAAGCGGUAUAUGUGAUCGAGCACAUACACCACACGCUUUAUCAGUUUCCAUGCAACGAAUGGCUUGGCGAGGACCCUGAAUUUCGGCAGUCGUCCAUCAAGCUCGAUGUUGCUGGCAAGCCGUUCAAAGUUCUCCAGGAAGAUGAAAUUUGA